UCUAUAUAUAUAUAUAUAUAUUUGUAUAUUUGUAUACAUAUUUACAUAAUCAUACGCAUAAACACAUAUUUAUCCAAAUGGCAACAGAAGCUCAUCAUGACGUGACCCUUCACUCAGACCACCCUGAACUAGACACCGAAGGACAACAUAUUGACCGUGUUGUGUUUGUCUGUAUUGAAGAAAAGUCAGGCCAUAGUGUCCUCAACUGGGCAGUCAAACAGUUUAUUCGCCCAGAAUCAGAUCUAGUGGUCCUUAUUCAUGUCAGACCUAUUGAUAUUCCAUCUGCUCCAUACAUGAACACAACCAGUAGUGGACAAGAAGUACCAGAUAUCCGACGCGAAGAAAGCCACAAGAUGCUACGGGAGUUUGCUCAUGAACUGGUCUCCAAAAAGAUUACUUGCAAGGCAGUGUCGAUGAUCGGAGACCCAAAGAGUGAGAUUGUGCGCAAGGUUAUUGAAACAAAGGCCGAUGUGCUGAUUAUGGGAUCUCGUCAAUUGGGUGCCAUCAAGCGUGCUUUCUUGGGUAGUGUGAGCGACUACUGUGCUCAUAAUUGUCCUUGCACUGUGGUUAUUGCCAAAACUGCCGAUACAGUAGAAUCAGAAGAGGCAUAAAAAGAGAGAAAUCAUCUUCUGUGUAUUGUAACGUAGCGUAAUGUAAUGUAAUGUAUUGUAUUGUUU